GCACCCACACCCCCGACGCUCCUACGGAUCGAAGCCCUAGGGUUUGCUCGCUCUCCGCCUCCAUCCCCAUCGUCCGAUCCCCCCGCCAUGAGCGGCCACCACGAAGCCAAGCCCUACCAGCCCCGCCGCGGCCCGGAGCGGCCCCCGCCCCCGGAGGAGGCAUCGGCUCCUCCCCCGGCCGCGGCGGCGCCGGAAGAGGCGGAUGCCGAUGCCGACGCUAUGGAGCGGUACGAGCACGAGCAGGAGCAGGAGUACGAGGAGGGGGAGGAGGAGGGAGAGGAGGAGCGCGAGUACGAGGGCGGGGAGGAGGCCGUCCCCAUGGACGCGGCGGCGGGGAUGGACGCGCACGGGGAGAUGGUGCCGGUGGCCGGCGCGGAGGCGGGCGGGUACCCGCACGUGGCGUCGAACACGCUCACGCUGUCGUUCCAGGGGGAGGUCUACGUCUUUGAGUCCGUCUCCGCCGAGAGGGUGCAAGCUGUGCUCUUACUGCUCGGAGGAAGAGAGCUCGCCCCAGGGUCGGGUUCGGCACCGUCGUCCUCAACAGCGUAUAGUAAGAAGAUGAAUUUUCCUCACCGAAUGGCAUCAUUGAUGAGGUUCCGGGAGAAGAGAAAAGAGAGAAACUUCGAUAAGAAGAUCCGGUACACUGUUAGGAAGGAAGUUGCACUUAGAAUGCAGCGUAAUAGAGGCCAGUUUACAUCAUCAAAAUCCAAGGCUGAUGAAGCAACAUCAACUGUGACUUCUUCAGAAGGUUCGCCAAAUUGGGGUGCAGUUGAAGGUCGACCUCCAUCAGCUGCUGAGUGCCAUCAUUGUGGUAUUACUGCAGCAUCGACGCCUAUGAUGCGCCGUGGUCCUGAUGGCCCAAGAACAUUGUGUAAUGCAUGUGGACUUAUGUGGGCAAACAAGGGUACAAUGAGAGAUGUUACAAAAGGUCCCCCUGUGCCUUUGCAAGUUGUGCCAUCUGGAACCUACGAUGUCCGGCAGAACGGAAUCAUGGGUGCGCCAGGUGUCGAGCAGCGAAAUUCCACAGCAGAAACAGUGGAGGAAGCAGUUCCUGCCGCUAAUGGCCAUGAGUCGCGGUCGGGAGCUGCGUGAUAAUAAUGCUCCAGAUCAUCAUCAGAUGGAGGAUGCUGCACAUCAGAUCGUCAUGAUGCCAAAAAGAAAAUGUAAAACCGGAUGUAUGAUAUGACCGGAUCUAGAAAAUUUAUGUGCAAAUCUGCAAUGCCGGUCUAUCCGGAAUCAUAUGCUUGUGGCCUCCUAUGGUUGUACCUGAGUUUAUAGCUUUACCUUUGGUGGUAGAUAAAUGUACUUGUUAAGCAUAUGAUUCCAUGAAAUAUCAACGCUUUACUUUUAUCAGGUGUAAUCGUUGAUUUUUACAGAUGUAACUUGAUCAUCAGGCCAGUUAAUUCCACAAACACAGCAUCAGUGCAUUU